GCGGUUGAAACGCUAUCCAAGAGAUAUAUAUCGGAUUUUCUUUUUUGAACUUUUUUUUUGCUUAUAUCAUCUCCAUCUCCUAUUGUGUACCGUACCGUGGGCUAUCACCGUAAAUUCCGAGCUGAGAGGACGUCCGCAAAUACUGGUAAAAACAAAAAGAAAAGAAAAGAAUGCCGAAACCAAAGACCUUCCUGAAGGAGGCAAAGACCAAGAAAAAGGCCGCGCAGCGAGCACCCGAAACUGCCGAUGAAUACCUUGCGCUCGGUGUGGAACAGGAGGAAGCUGGAGAAAAAUGGCGGGCUGGAGAUGCUGCGAAAUCGCUGCGUUUCUUUAUGCGCGCCAUCAACACUUAUGACGAGGGUCUGAGUAAGCACCCCAGUGCGUUUGACCUGGCCUACAACAAAGCUCGAGUUCAAUACGAAAUCACCCAGCAUCCAAGAUUAAAAGCUCAGCUGUCUGCCCCGUUGAGUGAUGUGCUGCAGGAGGCUCUAGAGUCCCAUAGAGUCGCGCUCGCUCUGGAGCAAGAUAAUGCAGACGCACUCUUCAACACAGGCCAGGUGCUGACGAGCAUCGCCGAGAUCUUGACUGAUUCCAAACACCCCUCCGAUGAGUGCCUCUCUCAGGCGGUGAAACUUCUGCAGGAAGCGAUCGAGCUCUUUCAGCGCUGCCUGCUUCUACAGGAACUGAAGUACACCGAGAUGCAGGAACAGAUUAAACAGAUGGAGUUGGGGGACGCCGCACACCCCGAGGUAGAGAUGCAGAAUACGCAGAAGGAUGCCGAGCAAUCAACAGAGGCAAAUUCAGCGGACGAGCAAGAGCAAUGGGCAGCGAUUGUGGAGCCGGUGACCAAGGAUACACUGGUCGACACGGCGAUAGCGCAGCUUGAGACAUUGACAACUCUCUGCAACCUGCUCACAUUUAAUCCCGGUGUUGGCCUGGGAUGGGUGGAGGAUUAUUCUUCCGACCUGCUGCAGAAGCGCAUUUCCACCUAUGUAGAAGGUUCGAACAGACAAUAUGAGGCAGCAUUAGCCCGGGCCAAAUUCACCUGCGGUCUAAAUGAAUUGCUCUACCGAAGCGGUCAGAUAGAGGCUGAAACAUAUUCCAACGAGGUUUCACAAGCUUUCGGCACAGGCUUGGAUCUCUCCGCCGAUCCAGGCGGUCUCUGCAGCAAAGCGGAUGCGCUAUCAUCGUUCAAUACUGCGCUCAUGGAUCUUCCCCCUUACGAGCCGGAAGCGUUUGCGAAAGCGUUGUCCUUGCGGUGGCAGGCACUGUCUGCGGCGCUGGACGCUCUGACUAAAGCAUCCAAGCAUCCCGAGGCAGAUGACUUGCCCAAGAUUCACUUGGCUAGGGGAGACGUGGAAAUCGCUAGAUGGAGGCUUGGCAUGCCUCCCUGGAAUCAUGCCAUGGCACAGCAAUAUGCAGCCACGCUGCUACGCAAUGCGCAGACCUACUACCGAGGAGCUGCGGCGUUGGCCAGGAGAGACGGAGCCGCAGAAGAAUUGCGGGACGGGUCGUGUAAAGAAGCCAUUGCAGCGGCUCUAGAAGGACAGAAGGAGAAAUUGGACCAGCUUAGGAGAGCCGCGCCGAAGGAACUGAUGAUGGUAGCCGAGGACGUCGUCGAUGACGGCUGGAUGAGUCCAGGAGACAUGGAGGGGCUGCUGUCAUAGUCGUAGCGCAAUGACAACUAGGUUCAGGCCGAAAUUGAUAGCCUACCGCGU